AUGAUAACCGGUAGGGAGGCAAGAUGCUUGAUUCGCCAAUCGCGAGUGCGACUAAUAACGGGAAGCGCUUUUCGGUGUGCGCGUUGCGCAUUCAGUACGCGGUCUAUCAGAAUGCAUGAACAGAGUCUGAAUGAAAAAUCAACCAAGACUGUCUUUCUACUAGAAGACCUUCCCAAAAUCGAUAGCGGUGCUCUUGGGGCACUGCCUCAAACUAAUGGAAGGGAAGAUUCCGAAAAAACAACCGAGAACGGUGUGGAUGAUGAAGAACUGGAGUUCACAACAUUCUAUCAGCAGAUCAAGAAUACCAUCGAUAAGUACAGUUCUCUCCAGGAGGAAUAUGUGGUGCUAAUUCAGGUAGGGUCAUUCUAUGAGCUCUACUUUGAACAGGCAGAGAAAUAUGCCGGGGUAUUGGGUAUUUCAUUAACAAAGAAGAAGCUGAAGAAACAGGAUGUGGCUUUCGCGGGGUUCCCCGAUUACCGAUUGAACAAAUACCUAAAUUUGAUUUUCAAGCUGGGGUUGAAGGCUGUUGUGUGUGAUCAGGUUGCUGAUAAAGUGACUAACAGAAUAGAGAGACCGGUGACCAGACUGAUAACUCCUGGUACUGUCAUGGAGGACGAAGUCAGAGACUACCAUUACAACAACUACCUGCUUACUAUAUCCUUUCCCGAUGACCCAUUCAAGGAUUUGGCGAACAUGAAAAUUGGACUAGCCUGGGCUGAUGUUGGACUGGGAAAUUUUCAUAUACUAGAGACCAAUUUGAACGAUCUCAUGCCCAAUAUCACCAGGAUCAACCCUAGUGAAAUCGUGAUAGACAGGUCCAUAGACACUGAAAAACUGGUCUCAGGUCGUUGGUAUCCUGAACUUGGUGAUAUUAGGAAUUAUUAUAUCACUCGAAGAGCAUUUCCAAGCUCGAGAAAGAAGCUUUCUUCGUUUCUAGAUAGGUUCCAGGAAAGCCCCAGACUCAUGACAUCUCUAAUAGAAACAUGGUCCACCAAGGAAAAAGCUGCCUCUACAAUGCUUCUGAAUUAUUUGGACGAAUGCAUUCCGAAUUAUAAUGUGGGAUUUAGCUUGCCUCAAAGAUCGCUUCCUGAGUCAUUGAUGAGUAUUGACUCACGGGCUGCUACAGACUUGGAGCUCACCAGCACCAUCAGAGGCGGUUUUAAAACAGGAGCACUAUCAACAGUUCUGGAUCAUACUUACACACCUCAAGGAUCACGUUUGUUGAAGACCUGGCUGCUUUCACCGUCUACCGAUGUCGCUGAGAUCAGCAGAAGGCAGAAGUUUGUGAGGAUCUUUCUGAAAUAUAGACUUAUUACUGACGAGCUCAGAAGUCUUUUAAAGAACAUGUCUGAUGUUAAUAGAAUUCUGAGAAGAAUUGCCAAUAGCAGGGCCGAAGCGUCUGAGCUUUUGGAUCUAUCACGAACUGUGUUUCUGAUCCAAGAGAUGAAACUUUUGGUGGAAACAUCCCCAGCCGAAUUCAAACGUUUGAUCAAAUCUUGUCUGAAAAUAGAUGAAGAAAUUGCAAUACUUGCAAGAACCAUUUCUGAACAAUUAGAGCCAAGUUCUGAAAGUUUGCCGGUUCUUCCAAAGAUUGACUUUGGGAACCAAAAUCGUGCAUGGUCUGUGAAACCUUCGUCUUCGGCUAAACUGAUGAAAUUGAAGGAGGAGUUCAAUGAACAUAUCGAGAAACAAAGCUCAUUAGAAGAAGAAGUUCGUGAGAGUCUUUUGAAGCACGGAUUCACCGGCUCUCUCAAAUUUUCCAGAGACCUUCGAACCGGUGAGUUCGUGAUCGAUGUCAGGUCUAGCAGUAAGUCAUUGACAACCGUUCUCGAGAGUUCGGGAAUCUCUUAUAAGGAUAAGAAUAAGUCUGGUGCCAAAAUCAUAAGCAACGAAUGGAAACGACUGGGACAUGCCAUGAUUUAUCUUUCGCAGGCCAUAUUCGAGGAAGAGGACAGACUUAUAGAAGAGUUGAAAAAUUCGGUCCUGGGCUUGUCUCACAAAUUCAGAAAACUUUCUCCCAAUAUAGAGUUUCUUGAUUUGAUGAUGUCAUUUGCAGAACUUUCAAGAGACAAAAAUUUGGUGUGUCCAGAGGUGAACGAGGAAACAGAGCUGGUCAUUCACGAAGGUCGUCAUGUGGUAGUGGAGGAGGGUCUGAAGGAUUCCUUAGUGGUUUCUGAAAAUUUCACUUCCAACUCGUGUGAAUUAGAUUCAAAAGGAGCAAGUGCUUGGGUUAUUACCGGACCAAAUAUGGGAGGAAAAAGUACGUUUUUGAGACAGAACGCCAUCAUAGUUAUCAUGGCUCAGAUGGGUUGCUAUGUCCCGGCUGCUUCUGCUAAUAUUGGAGUAAUCGACAAGAUUUUCACUCGAGUGGGCUCUUCUGACAACAUUUAUCGUCACCAAAGUACGUUCAUGGUGGAAAUGAACGAAACUGCAGUGAUAUUAAGAGAUGCUACUCCGAGGUCUCUUGCAAUUGUUGAUGAGCUUGGUAGAGGAACUUCCACGAGAGAAGGAAUUGCUGUUGCAUUUGCCUCGCUUUCUUAUUUGGUGAAGAAUAGCUCAUGCAAAGUUCUUUUUGCUACACACUAUGGUCCUGAGAUUGCAGAGUUGAUCAGUGAGGAUGAGGAACUGGCUAAGAAAGUGAAAUUCUACAUGUCUUCUGCGACUUCUGUUAGGAGAAGCUCUACUGUGCUCCCCAUUGACGAGAAAUUGAUAUUUGACCACACUCUUCGAGAAGGAAUCAGCGAUCAUUCUCAUGCCUUGGAUAUAGCCGAGAUUUCCGGGUUUCCUGGUGAGGCCAUCAAGCUUGCUGAAAAGGCUCUGUUGCGUCUAAACGAGAGUGAGAGUUAG